AAAAAACAUUUAAACAUAUUAUUUUAAUAUUGUCAACUGUUAAGACUGAUUGUAGAGUAGCAGAGCCUAACACUCUAGAAAAUAAUUAAAUUUAAUUCAGUAUUUUCGUUUUACAAUAAGUGCCUACCACGAAUUUAGAUCUUAGUCUUAUCUUAAAUCUUAAUAGGUACCUAUUACGUUGUUAUAGGGUUGAAGUAUAUUACGAUUACCGAAUCACAUCCAGUAAAGAACAAAGAAUAUGUCAAAUGUAACAGAAAAUAUUUGUGCCGCAGUGACCGAGGAAUUACUUGAAGAAGUUUUGAAAACCGAUUAUGGUUUUAUCAACGGGAAAAUUCGAAAAUUGGAUGGUUACGAUGAUAAAAACUAUCACAUAACAGUAUGUACAAAUUAUUAACGAAAAUAAAACAAUUGCAUAUCUAUAUAGUUAUGAUAACAAAAAAGAAGGAAACCAAUAACCAACAACCUAACCAUUGUCUUGCCGCGAAAGGAACCAUAAUAAUAUUAUUUAGUGAAGGAAGGGGUUAUUGGCACUUUGCAGAUACAUUUAUAUUAAUAUUACAUUUUUACAUUUUAAGGAAAACUAAAAUAAUAAUCUCAUUAACUAAAUAACUUGUAUUAUAAUACUAUAGAGUAAUUUACAUUACGAGUAUAAUUAAUAUUGUAAUUAUAUAUAGAAAAAAAAAUUCCUUUUCAGUUCUUAUUUAUUAAACAAUUUGUUCAAAAAUAUUAUAAGCAAUCUGCAAGUAUCAGAAUUAAUGGUCAAUAUUUUAAAAUAUUACUCAAAUUGUAAAAAAAAAAAACUAAAAUGGGGUUUGUAGACAUACAAAAUAUGAUUGAGUCUUAUAGCAACCUAACUUAUGAGGUUUUUGUUCCCUACACAAAGUUCAUUAACUCAAUAUUCAAAUAAUAUAUAUUAUUUUACACAAUAAAUAAAAUAUAAUUAUGAAAUAUGUGUGGUAUGCAAAGGUCUUUUGUAAAAUUAUUAAAAACUUUACUUAUAAACUGUAUUAUAUAAUAAAUAUUAAUGAUCAUUAUUUAAAGAACAUGGCUCGUAAUAAUUAUUAAAAUAUUUAAAUAAUUAACCCAAUACUUUUUUUUUUAAUAAAAUUGUUUAAAUUAUGAAUUACUAUUUAACAAUUCGUUCAAAAAUAUAAUUUUCUAUUUUUUUGAAUUAAUAAUAUAAUAAGUUUUUUCAAAAUAUUGCAAACAGAUUAAAUAAAAAUAAUUAGUAAGGGCUUAUGAUAAAAAAAAGUACCAAUUUUAAAACUAUUUAUAGGAUGUUCAAAAAUGCAUUGAAGGAAUUGAAUUUCCAGUAAAUGGAAUUGUGAUUAAAUUCAUAAAUACAUUAGAUGCACAGAAUUUAUUACUAUUAGAAGCCCAAACAAAGCUUACUCAAUAUCUAGGUAAAUAUAUUGUUUUUACUAUUUAUCUAAUCCAUUAAUUUAUGUAGGCAAAUAAACAAAUAUUUAUUCAAUAGAAAUGUGUAUUCAUAGAUAUUAGUACUGUAGUAUUUUUAAUAAAGCCAAAUUUUUAUGUUUUUGAAAAUAGAAAAUUCUGGUAUAUACUGUCCUACACCAGUAUUCAAUAAAUUUGGACAAAGUUAUCGGUCUCUUGUUAUAGGUAAGUUACAAUAAUGGCUGCAGCUUUAUUAGAAUUAUUUUAAUUUUAUGAUUUAUUGUAUACUAAACUAAAUUUCAAAAUUUCAUGAGAUAAUAAAACACAUGCAGUUCGUGUUUAUAAAUAUAUUCAAGGAGAUACAAUGAAAACCAUAAGAGUAACCUCUGAAGUAUCAAGUGAUUUUGGUUCUUAUGUUGGUCAAUUAACUUUAAUUUUAAAAGUAGUUAUUAACUUAUUUACUAAACAUCAACUAAAUAUUAUUUUAAAAUUACAACUAUAAAUAUUUGAAAAUGUAUAAUUAUUAGAAAUUUAACCAUGAAGGAUUCCAUAGAGAUUGUCAUAUGUGGUCCUUAGAAAAUUCUCCAGAAGUUUUACAAUUUGUGGAAGUGUUUGAACAAGAAACACAAAGACAAAUUAUUAUGACAGUUUUAAACAAAUUCCAAUCUGAUAUUUUGUUGAAUGCAGUUCAUCUUGAAAAAAGUAAUAUAGUAUAAUAUUUGAAUUAUAGAAUCAAUAUUACUUAUUUUGAAAAUAAUUGUAUGUUUAGGUGUUAUUCAUGGAGACCUAAGUUUGAAUAAUAUAAUCGUAAACAAUAACAAAAUUCUUGGCAUUAUAGAUAUGGGAGAUGUUGUUUACUCAUACACAAUAUUUGAGUUUGCUGUUGCAUUAUGUUAUUUAAUUUUACACGAAUUUGAAGAUAAUAAUGGAAAAUUGUCUAAUGUACAAUUUAAAAGCUUUGUUGAUGCUUAUGAAAAACAGUACAGAAGUUUAAAUGAUUUGGAACUUUCAAUAAUACAUGUAAAUAAUGAUUUAUUUAUUUUAAAAUUAGUUAAGUAUAGUUUUUAAAUUAUAACUGCAGUAAAAUUAGAUAAUAAUUGUGUUUUUAAUUUAAAAGUUCAAAUUUCAAUGUAUUAAUAAAGAAUUUGCUGUGUUCGGAUUUAAUUAAAUUAACAGAAGUAAUUUAUUUUUAACAACUUAAAAUCAAAAUGUAUUUAUUAAUAAAAGGUAAUAUACAUUUAUAAUGAGUAGUAUGAUGGAUACUUACUGAAUAUCAUUGGUGUAGAACCAAAAAAAUAGUAUUUAGUUUAUACGUUAAUCUAGUUCUAAGCUGAAGUAGAUACUACAGUACUUAUUUAAAUUUUAUAAUAUACAGGGUGAUUCAUUAAGCGUGCUCACCUUAUGUUAGAUUCUGAGUAGAGCGAAGAAGUCUAUGGUUUUACAAAGAUGUUUAUUUUUUAAAUUUUUUUCUGCGCAACUUUUCUACCAAAAUUCUUGUUUUGAUAGCACCUUUUUUAAAAGGAAAUCUGACCAGGGAGGUACUUAAGAGAGGUCAUUUUUUCACUAAUUUUCCUAAUAAAUGGGAAAAAAUAAGAGAAAAACAUAGGGAAAAUAGGAACAAUAUUAAACAAAUAUUAUAAAAGAAAAUAUAUAAUACAUAUAUGUAAUUAUUUUACCAUAAUAAUAUAUAUUGUUGACAAAGCAACUACACUAUCAACUGAACUCUACUCAGAAUCAUUUUUUUGUUAGGAAUGGUCUAUCGUUACUUCAAGUUAAAAUAUAUUAAAUUUACCUUCUACUACCUUCCCAACAUAUCACGUAUAACAGUUGCUACACCUAUAUGUGAAGUAUGUCAGUCUUUUGGGUUUAAUUUUGUAUACAUUAAAAUUCUGAAUUUUAGAACUUUUAAGUGUAUUUAAAGCCGAUAUUUUCACAACAUCUAAGGAGUAUCAUGUGGUGAUAUCAACUUUGGUUUCUCAAAUGAAAACAUUUAUUAAAAAUUCCAUAAAUAGAGAGAGUAUUGCUUUAAAUAAAUUUUGGUGUCAAAUGUUUGAUUUCUGUCAACCUUUUAUACUACUUUUAAAUUUAAGUAGGAGAGUAGUGGAGUAUAAUUUGUAUGGCGGUACAGCACAUGACUUUUUAUAUAUAUAGGUUCUCAUUUGAAUGCAAAAUUUAACCAAAAAAAAAGGGUCGAGCUUGCUUAGUGAAUCAUCUUGUAUAUAUUAUUUAUCACAAUAUCAAAAAUUGACCAUUGUAUAAUUGAAAGUUUAAUGAUGCCAAUACUAAAAAAAUAUAACAUUUAAAUUUGUUACCCACUUUAUACUUACAUAUUGAAUUAUUUUUAGACUUGUGUUUGUGCCAGAAUUUGUCAAAGUUUGGUUUUGGGUAAAAAAUCAAGCUUGAGAGAUUUAUCAAAUCUUUAUAUUCUAUCAACACAAAAAAUCGGAUGGAUGGCAUUAAAAGAAUUAUUGAAUGUUCCAGGUGACAAAUUUAUUAAGUUACUCCAACAUCAGUGUUAAAAAUACAUAUUUAUAAAUAUAUAUAUAUAUAUGUGUCAUGAAUCAUGAACUCUUAAUUUAGAACAUUUGUAUGCAUAAGUAAUUUUAAAACAAUGUAUUGAUUUAAUUAAAAAUUAGUAAAUUUUAUUUUAUAUUUAGUUAAAUAUUAUAAAUCAAUAAUAAUAUUAUUUGGGGACAAAUGAAGAAAUUAGGUUUUAAUGGUCAAAUUAAUUAAAUGAUACAGAAUAUAUGUAAAUCAUAGAGUAUUGUUCUAUGAUGUACCUUUAUAUAUGAAUUUCUCAUUCUUUGACAUAAAAUUAACAUUUAUGGUGUUUAAUAGGUAUCAUAAAAUUAAAUAAUAAACCAUAAAACAAUUAGAAUUCAUAUUUAACAGAGAAUAUAUAAUAUAAUAUAUUUAAGAUUUACAGGAUCCAAUUUAAAAAUUGAUUCCAUAAUCAAAUUAUUGAUAAAUAAUACAAAUUUAGGUAACCAAUAAAUUCAAAUUAUAAAGAAUGCAGUUAUUAUAUUGGUAC